AUGGACACGGAACUGUUACGCUCUCUCCAACGGGAUACUGGCGACAAUACUGAUACCUGUGAAACCGGAAACGAGUAUGACGGUCGGCUGGGCCUCCGCGUUUCAUCCAUUUUCGUCAUCAUGGCUGGCUCGAUGAUAGCGGCAGUUUUUCCUGUGCUAGUGAAACGUUCAAGCACAGUUGGCGCUAAGUGUAAGCGAAUCGCACACUGGGUGUUUUUUAUAGCCAAAUAUUUUGGCUCUGGUGUCAUCAUUGCAACUGCUUUUAUUCAUUUGCUUGCUCCAGCGGAAGAGGCCCUAAGGGAUGACUGCUUGGCUGGUCCGAUCUCGGAGUAUCCUUGGGUAGAGGGCAUCAUUCUCAUGACCAUCAUUGCUCUGUUCUUGGUGGAACUGAUGAUUAUGCGCCAUUCAUAUUUCAGCACGAGCCAACAGAGCGACAUCAUUGAUAACGGAGGUCGGUGCCUUGGCGGCGUUGAUAAUUUUGGUGGUUGCAAUCAGGUUAAACAUCACCUACCGAUGGACGAUAAUUUGAGCCGGCCCCAGGAACACAAAGACGCAGAGGUGGCUCGAGGCAACUUCGCGUUCGUGGAUGACUAUGCAGCCCAGCUUAUCGGGGUUUUCAUUUUGGAAUUUGGAAUUAUCUUCCAUUCCAUAUUCAUAGGCCUGACACUCGCAGUUGCGGGUUCUGAAUUCACCGCGCUCUAUAUCGUUCUCACCUUCCACCAGACAUUCGAGGGACUAGGUCUGGGAUCUCGCCUCGCGAUGAUUCCAUGGCCGACUUCCAGGCGCUGGACGCCUUAUGUUCUGGGUACUGUCUAUGGUCUGACUACCCCCAUUGCCAUUGCAGUUGGCUUGGGAGUGCGCAAUACCUACCCACCUAGUGGUCGGACGACACUGAUAGUCAACGGUGUUUUUGAUGCUAUCUCGGCAGGCAUUCUUAUUUACACUGGCCUUAUCGAAUUAAUUGCGCGCGAGUUCCUGUUCAACUCAUUUAUGCGUCGGACUCCUCUUCGCACUGUUUGGUCGGCAUUUCUUCUGCUCUGCCUUGGUGCAGGACUCAUGGCACUGCUCGGCAGAUGGGCUUAA